CGGAGGCUAGCUCGGUCGGUGCAGCCUCAUCCACAACCGAGAAGAAUCAGGGAGAGGAGAGCGGAAGGGCAUCUCACCUUCUCAUACGCACAAACGGAUAUUUCGCUUCUCCCCUGCCCUCCGUCCGUCAGUCCAGCUUCUUAUUUCUCCUCUUUCUGUUCCCUCCUCUCGUCGUGGGUAUGAUGAUGAGCUCCAGCCUGCUGGAAAACCCGGUGCAGGCAAUUCUGUACCUGCGGGAGCUCACCACCAUCGUCCAGAACCAGCAGAGUCUCAUCCAGACCCAGCGCGCCCGGAUAGAGGAGCUGGACCGGCGGGUGGACGAGCUCAUCGGCGAGAACAGGCACCUGCGGGACGUCAGGGUACAACAGCAGCAUCUCUACCAUCACCACCAUCACCAUCACCCCGACACCAGCCCGCAUCAGCACCACCACCCUCAGGAGCCACAGCUCAAGACCGGCGCGGGAUCUCUGCCAGACCAUGCGGCUGCACCAGCUCAGGUCGAGGUGACUCCGGGGGUCCAAUCGUCGCCUCCAAAACCUAUGGACCCGGGAGACAUGCAGCUGGUCCCGGCCGACCCGUCCAUGGUUUCCCCGGUUGAAAGUGACCCGGAAAACGGCGGAAGUUACCACAGCUGCCGCUCUUUGGUUCCGAUGACCCCCACAACCCUGUGUCGAUCCCUGGCCCUGGCUAAGAAAUCCGAGAGCGAGACGGUGCUGCAUCAGUUUUGCUGCCCCGCCCCUGAACAUCCAGAGGCUGACACCACUGGCUCAUCGGGUGGUCAGAUGCUGAGCCUGGAGGAUGGAACAUCCUCCGGUAGUGGACAGGAAGUGGAGGGAACCAAGAGAGACGGGCCCAGCGAGUACGAGAUCACCCUGGAGAAUAAGAACAAACAGAUAGAAGAGUUGGAGCAGAAAUAUGGAGGCCAUCUCAUAGCGAGGCGGGCAGCCCGUCGUAUCCAGACAGCUUUCCGUCAGUACCAGCUCAGCAAAAACUUUCAGAAGAUCCGGAACUCUUUGUCAGAGAGCAAGUUGCCCCGCCGGAUCUCCCUGCGCCAACCGAGCCCCUCAGGCCGAAACCGUAAUGCAGCCCAGAGACACAGUUACAGUCUGCAUCCUGGAGGAGGGCAGAUACCCUUACGCUCCAAAACUCCCCCUCCUCCCCCAUGUCGCUCCACCUCUCUGCCUCCUUCUCCUGCAUCUGCCCCAGCAGCAGGUCCCACCCCUGCCCCUACCCCGGCCCCAGCUCCAGCGCCACCUCAGACCCCUGGACAAACACUCACACAGCUGGAGGACUGCUUCUCUGAACAGCUUCAUUCUUUGGCCCAGUCCAUUGAUGACGCCCUUCGUGGUUGGAGCUUGUCAGAGGGUGGAGACGGGAAGGGGCUCCUGAUGGACCCCGGGGCCCUUCGUGCAGCUGCUGAGAGCGCUUGUCUGCCCCGCAGCGCCAGCUCGCUGCUCAUGGCCUUCAGAGAUGUCACUGUUCACAUUGACAGCAAUAGCUCUUACACCAUCUCCACCGCCACCACCACAACCACCACCUCCCUGGGUAAUACAGGUGGGGGACAGCCGGGCAGCAGGAAGACCUCUAUGAGCGGGACAGCCGUGGAAGGAGAUGGCCAGUUUGCAGAGGAGCCAGAGUUUCCUGCACCUCCGCCCAGUGAGGAACUAGAAAUGGCUGAUCCAGGUUCCAGGAGGGGCUCAGCGGUGCCAGCUCUCGGAGGAGGAGGAGGAGGAGGAAUGGAGGGGGAGAGCUCCUCAGACAGACUGGGAUCUACAUCCACCUCUACCUCCACCUCUGUCUCCACCUCAACCCAGUCUAACCAGCAACCCGCUCAGAUUUACACCCAGUACCAGCAGUACCACUACACUCAUCCUCAGCAGAUUCCGGGGGGGCCCAGCCCUGAGGCCUUGCAGGCCCUGGUCGUCUCUCUGCCCAGGGACCGCUGCCAGGAUCCAGCGUCCUGCCGCUCACCGACUCUAUCCACAGACACGCACCGUAAACGCCUCUACCGUAUCGGACUCAACCUCUUCAAUGUGAACCCAGAGAGAGGCAUCCACUUCCUGAUCACGCGUGGUUUUGUCCCGGACACGGCCAUCGGAGUGGCUCACUUCCUGCUGCAGAGGAAGGGUCUGAGCAGGCAGAUGAUUGGAGAGUUCUUGGGGAACAGCAAGCUGCAGUUCAACAGAGAUGUCCUUGAUUGUGUCGUGGAUGAGAUGGAUUUCUCAGGCAUGGAGCUCGACGAAGCCCUGAGAAAGUUCCAGGCUCAUGUUCGUGUUCAGGGAGAAGCGCAGAAAGUGGAGAGACUUAUCGAAGCCUUCAGUCAGAGGUACUGCAUGUGUAAUCCUGAUGUGGUGCAGCAGUUUCACAACCCGGACACCAUCUUCAUCCUGGCCUUCGCAGUGGUCCUCCUCAACACUGACAUGUACUCGCCCAACAUCAAACCCCAGCGCAAAAUGGGCCUGGAUGACUUCAUACGCAACCUCAGAGGUGUGGAUGACGGCGCAGACAUCCCCAGAGAGAUGGUGGCAGGCAUUUAUGAAAGGAUCCAACAGAGAGAACUGCGCUCCAACGAGGACCAUGUCACCUACGUGAGCCGUGUGGAGCAGUCCAUCCUUGGCCUAAAAACUAUCCUCGCCGUGCCCCACAGACGUCUGGUGUGUUGCUGUCGUCUGUUUGAGGUACCUGACGCCAACAAGCCUCAUAAACAGAAACUGUCCCAGCUUCAGAGAGAGGUCUUUCUCUUCAAUGACCUGCUGCUGAUCCUGAAGCUGUGUCCUAAGAAGAAAAGCUCGGCCUCGUACACUUUCUGUAAAGCUAUGGGUCUGCUGGGAAUGCAGUUUCACCUCUUCAGCAAUGAAUAUUAUGCCCAUGGCGUCACCAUGCUGAGCCCGUUUACUUCGGAGAAGAAGCAGCUGGUGAGUUUCUGCUCCCCAAGCGGAGAAGAGCUCAGGAAGUUUGCAGAGGAGCUCCGAGAGGCUAUUGCAGAGGUCAACGAGAUGGAACAGAUACAUAUUCAAUGGGAACUGGAGAGGCAACAAGGCAUCCAGCCACAUGGCAUACACGCCAACGGUGGGCAAGUGGACACACACACAGGACACGGCUCUCCCUCAGGCCAACAGGAUGCGUACGAUAAAACCGGCAACAACAACACAGUGGAGGUGUCAAUUCACAACAGGCUGCAGACCUAUCAACUGAGCCAGCCCAGCAUUGAGUCCACGCAACUGGCCCUGGCUGCGCCACCCGCCCUGCUCAGCCCCGUCCAGGCUGGAGAGCUCCGCCCAGAAACACUCAUCCAAUGCCAGCAGAUCGUCAAGGUGAUUGUGGUGGACCAGAGCGGGCGAGGGAGAAUGGAGGCCUUCCUCAGCCAAGGCCCGGCGACCCAUCAGCUCAUCCAGUCGGCCAUGUCCACACCUGUGCGUGUAAGAGAGGGGGAUGGCCCUCAGCCCCCUCUGCCACCUCCCCCUCCACCUUACAACCACCCACACCAGUUCUGUCCCCCUGACUCACCCAUGCCCCUCCACCACACCAUGCCUCUCACCCGCAGGCGCAACUCAAGCGGCUCCCGCAGCAUUGUCUGAGUCAGCCGCUCUACGAACCCUUGGGGGCCAGACAUGAGCCUCACACUCACACAGAAACACACACGUGCUGGAGCACUAGUUGACUCACUUUGAGUGGUAAGGUUAAAGCACUGCUUAAAAAAAACAAAAAUGUGAGGAAUAUACUGUACGAGUUGAGUAAAGGGACAAAGGAAAUGGAAACCACCAAGUCUAUUCAUGGUCUUGACUGAGUGGUGGUUUUGAACGUGGAGUAUUUUUGAUGCCAUUUAUAAAAGACAACUUUUCUUCUUUCUUUUGUCUCCAACAUGUC